GACCAACAAGCCCCUCAGCAAGCCGGAAGCCGCAACCUGCCUGCCUUGCCUGGGUUGCUUCUCGAGCCGCCGACUGACAUCUCCUCCUGCGCUCAACCUUUCCCUUUUCCUUCCGUCGAGCCUUCUUCGCCUGGGCUUCAUCCUUCUCCAGGCCACUUGAUUGCGCUUCAAAAUGGCUUCCAGCUUUGCUUCCAAGCGGCUGGCCAAAGAGUUGUCCAAGGUUCGUUACUUCGCAUCCAGCUCGCUACCUCACCCUGUCCCGUGAUCGAACCAUUUGCACAUUGUCGCAUUGUGCGCUCUCGCGCUCGCGCUUGUGUUAUGAACAUUUCUAACUCUCACAGCUCAACUCUGGCCUGCCCCCCGGUAUCGAACUCAUUUCGGCCGACAACUUCGAAGAAUGGAUCAUGGACAUCAAAGUCUUGGACGACAACCCGCUAUACAAAGACCAGGUUUACAGGCUGAAAUUCAAGUUCUCGCAACAAUAUCCCAUAGAACCCCCAGAGGUUACCUUCGUCAAGACCACCGAGCGACCGAUUCCCAUGCACCCUCAUAUCUACUCCAAUGGCAUCAUCUGUCUCGAUCUUCUUGGCAGUCAAGGCUGGAGUCCUGUACAGAACGUCGAGAGCGUCUGCAUGAGCAUACAGAGCAUGUUAACAGGCAACGAAAAAAACGAGCGACCGGCGGGAGAUGACGAGUUCGUUCGGAGCAAUCGCUUGCGCCCUAGAGAUAUCGACUUCUACUAUCACGAUAACACCGUUUGAACAACACAAGACAUUUGUGCGACAGGUUUGGGUAUGGCGUUGUAUCGGAUUUCAGCAUACAAAUAGGGAAUCCCAGUACAAGCAGAGUAUUCAGGCGUUGAUGCUCUGCUGAGGGGAAGAAGAAGAGGUGACCAACACGGUUCUUGGCCCUCUUCAGCUUUCGUGGAGCGAGAUCUCGAAAAGGAUCGGCCGGGAAAAUUGUGUCACGAGCGGGAUCGCAGCCUCUCCAGAGGACGGUAUUUACACCCAUGUUGAUGGCGGUAGGAUGAGCAGAUUUACC